UCUGAAGAAUAAUAAAGACACCUAAGUUCAUAGUCAUCGACUUACAACUGUUAUCAAUUUUUUAAUAAGCAAAUACAACACUUCAAAUGAAUUUCGCGAACGCGCUUAGAACUUCCACCCUUUUUAUUUUCAACAAAACAUGCCCAUAAUACCACCCAAAAUACCCAAACCAUACGCUACUAUCAAAGACUACAAGAUACCCAAUAGUUUAAGACAGGCUUUGGAGUUACCUUCUUAUUUAUUUACUGGGGAAUUGCAAACUUGGCUCAAGAUGCCUGAGUUGUUGGAUGCCUAUUUUAAAGCAUCACUUGUUAUUGCAAAGAAUGGCCAUGCUCUGUUAGCGGCUGUCUCAACCUUCCUAAAGAAGAUUAGAGAGAACGAAGAAGUAAUCAAAGCUGUACAAAAUCACUGUGGCUGUUUGGAAACUUAUCUUAGUAACAAAUCCGUCAAAAAUCAAAUUAUGGCUGUUUAUGCGUUGAAAGAAGUAGAGUGGAGAGAAAAGAGAAGCGAAAAUACUUUAGACUCAGAAACAAGAAUUGCUGCUGGCAACAAAGUGAUAGCCAAAAGAAUAAAAGUUGGUGAAGGAAGCUCUAGAAAAGACCCAAACAAAAAGCAAAAAAUUGACAAGAUACUCUUUAUUCAAGUUUGUUGAGAAUGAUACCUUUAUAUGAGAAACGGGGUUAUUAACGGGUAUUCAACUAUUAAUACAACUGAACUAAAACUAUCAUGAGAAUGAUAAGAUCUUAGCCGCAAGCGGGUGUCAAAGUAGA